AUAGCAUAGCCUUUUCAUUUCCACUCAGCUCAACACACGCACUCACUCUCUUUCUCUUAUUAUUAUUAUUAACCAUCAUCCUCAUCCCUUUCAGAUCUCUCUCUCUCUUUUCUUUCUCCUAAAUUUUCACCGUUAAUUCAAUGGCCUCUGAGAAAAACAAUCACCACCGUUCAAUCCCAGACAUCAACGGCACACACCCCACCCCCAAAAAACCUAAACUCUCUUCUUCUUCCAAUUUCAUCACCGCUUCAGAAAUUCAAUCUGAAUUCAGCCACCACGACUCCGCCGUCUCUCGCAUCAACAACGGCAGCUUCGGCUCCUGUCCUUCCUCCAUCCUCUCCGCUCAACAACAAUGGCAGCUCAAGUAUCUUCGUCAACCCGAUCACUUCUACUUCAACCACCUCAAACCCGCCAUCAACAACUCCCGCUCCAUUAUCCAAAACCUAGUCAACGCUAAAGACAUCAACGAAAUCUCUAUCGUCGAUAACGCCACCACCGCCGCCGCUAUCGUUCUUCAACACACCGCUUGGUGUUUCCGUGAAGGUAAAUUCAACAAAGGUGACGUCGUUGUUAUGCUUCAUUAUGCUUACGGUGCUGUUAAGAAAUCCAUGGAGGCUUACGUCACUCGUGCUGGUGGGAAAGUGAUUGAAGUUCCGUUACCUUUUCCUGUGAGUUCCAAUGAUGAGAUUGUGACUGAGUUUAGAAAAGCUUUGGAAAAAGGGAAAGUUGAUGGGAAGAAAAUUAGGUUAGCUGUGAUUGAUCAUGUUACUUCUAUGCCUUGUGUUGUGAUUCCUGUGAAGGAAUUGAUUCAGAUUUGUAGAGAGGAAGGUGUUGAACAGGUUUUUGUUGAUGCUGCUCAUUCAAUUGGCUGUACUGAUGUUGAUAUGCAAGAUAUUGGUGCUGAUUUUUAUACCAGUAAUUUGCAUAAGUGGUUCUUCUGUCCACCUUCGAUCGCUUUUUUGUAUACUAAAAAGAAUCCUAAAACUGGUGGUGGUGGUGAUUUGCAUCAUCCUGUUGUGUCUCAUGAGUAUGGAAAUGGAUUAGCUGUGGAAAGUGCUUGGAUUGGCACAAGGGAUUAUAGUGCUCAAUUGGUGGUUCCUGAAGCUUUGGAAUUUGUCAAUAGGUUUGAAGGUGGGAUUGAAGGGAUUAAGAAGAGGAAUCAUGAAGCUGUUAUUGAGAUGGGAGAGAUGUUGGUGAAAGCUUGGGGAACUCAUCUUGGAAGUCCGAAACAUAUGUGUGCUAGUAUGGUUAUGGUUGGUUUGCCUACUUGUUUUGGGGUUAGAAGUGAUUCUGAUGCACUUACGCUGAGGACACAUUUGAGGGAUGUUUUUGGAGUUGAAGUUCCUAUAUAUUAUAGACCGCCUAGAGAUGGAGAAGUUGAUCCUGUGACGGGGUAUGCAAGGAUUUCUUAUCAGGUUUACAAUAAGGUUGAGGACUAUUACAAGUUUCGGGAUGCUGUUAACCAACUGGUGGAUAAUGGGUUUGCUUGUACUCUUCUUUCAAAAUGAAGAGUUGAGAAGUAUCAGUGUCAUCUUUCUGAUGAAUAAAAGCAAUGGUUUAGUGAUUGCUUUGUUGCUUGCAGGCUUUGCUAGUUGUGAUGGUUUCGGUACCAUGGACUGCAUGUUUUGCCUGUAAACUCCAGCAAUUGCUUAUGUUAGCUUUGCUGAGUAGAAUUCCCUUGUAGUUGAGUAACAUCACUAUUGAGAUCUAUGGAUUUAUCAUUGUAAAUACAAUUGUGAUUCACUCAUGGUCUAAUGAUUCUCACCGUCGUUAUACCAAGUUGUCAACUGCUACUUCAGAUUUAUAUCAAAUUCCACCAGAAAUUCAAGGUUGA